AUGACGCUGCUUGGGCGCUUCUACAAGCGGUACGCCGACCACGCCGUCGCCCGACACACGAUCUUCAUUGUGACGGGCAAAUCGACGUCCGAGCUGGAAGGGAAGCAGGAUGCCGUGGCCGACGCAGGAGUCGAUCGCUUUGUCACGCCCGAAGACCGGCUCAAGGUCAGCGACGUGGUGCUUGACCGCGCCGCGGUUCUGGUGACUAAGUUCCGGCUGCUGAAACUACUUAUGAGCAACGCCGACCCCGUGCUCACCAGCCGCGUCAUCCUGGAUAGAAUGUGGGAGCCGGAGUACACUAGUGAUUCCGGCAAGCUGGCGGCACAUAUGCUGCGACUGUGGAAAAAGCUAGAGCGCGCGCCGCACAGGUCAAGGCAUCUGCAGCGUCAGGUAGUUCCCGGUUCAUCGAGUAGCACCACCUCGUCGCGGCCACUCGGCAAGGCCGGUGAACGGUUCGAGGUGGAGGUGCAGGGCGACUUGACUGUCGUCAUCACAAUCAGGGGCUGGCAACAGCUUGUUCACCGGCCGGCCAUGCACGGCACGCCGAGCUCGAAUAGAGUCGACUCGUACGCGGUUGGCAUCGCCUUUCUGGUUAUCGACAACAAAGCCGGCGCAGCCCGCAGCUGCUACACAUUGCGCCACCUUGCGGUCCCGGACGGGAGCAAGGCUGGCGCGAUGCUUACCACCACCGCGCACGGGACGAUCACUAGGCCAGCAGCGGUCAAGGCCAUCAAAGGCGGUGCCGGCUCCUUCAGCUGUAUACCCCUAGAGGAUUCGACGGUCAAGAACCUGGCCAAGAGAUUCGGUGAGAUCCUAGACGAGGGCCAGCGGCGGCUAAUUGUCGCAGUCGACGACAGAACCUCCCAUAUUGUCAGCCUGCUGGCCGCCAAGCUCGAUAAACGUCGCGGCGAGCACGGUGGCAACAUCGUCGUAAGCGGCAUGAUAGACAAGUUGCUGACGUCGGCUGAGUCCAUCACCGGCGGGGACCUGGUGCGCAGUGCCUCCAACCGCACGCGGGUGGCCUGA